AUGUGGGAUGAUAAGUGCGAAGAAGGCGAGAAUUGGGAAAUCUACGAAAGGUACCUAUGGGAUUAUCUUGAACAAGCAAGCUUGGAACAACCCGCGGAAUCACGAAUUGCCGGAACUCUUCGAUCGUUGACGCUUGACCGAACUGAAAAUAAUAAUCAAGCAGCUUUCCUCCAUUCCUCGUGCCUGUUUGUGAAUCCUCAACUGCUCGAUGUCACGAUUCGUGGAUUCAUGGUCGAUGAGGCGGAUGGUGAGGUCGCUGCACAGUAUGAGCGACAGACGGAGCUUCAGAGUCUGCGUGUUGAGCGCAGCUUUAUCAAAUUCCGGGCUUUGGGGAAGAUCUUACUUGCUCUGCGUGCUUUUGGAGGUAUCUGA